AUGUUAGAUCUGGACACGUUUUUGACUCGCAAUCCUCAGAUUCAAUGUUUUCCCAGUUUCCACCUUCUCGCUUCGUUCUGCAAUUCUAAGGUUUACACGUUCCCAAAAUCUGUUAUCUUAUGUCACUGCAUUUUCUGUUUUUUCACGCCACUUUUGACACUUUGUUUCCCACCAUAAUCAUCUUCCGUGUCUUUUAGCCACAGCUAAAUCUUCAACUUUUCCCCCUCAUUUAAGAUUUCAUGCCAACAACCACGGAUGUAGUAACCCCUUUUGACCAUUGGUAUGCAAUUCAAAUCUCUUAUCUUGGAACCAUCAUUUAAGAUUUCAAUUUUCGGAUCAUAGAUUUCAAUAUUGCAGUCUUGAAACAAAAGGGUGUAAUAUUUGAUCUCUUUGUGAUAGAGCUAGAUUAGAUUAGAUUAUAUUAGAUUCAUUGUGUAGACUAGAAUCUUCAUGAAUUAGAAUGCAAUCCGAGAGUUUGAGCCUGGCUCCAGCUCUGACACUCUUCCCAGCCCUGAAACCCCCUCACAAAACCCUACUAUUCCACCGAAUAUGUGUUCUUGUUAUCACAUUCCUUGCAUAUGCUUCCUUCCAUGCCUCUAGGAAGCCUCCUAGCAUUGUCAAGAGUGUUCUGGGACCCACAGUUCCAUCAAAUGCAACUCAAACUGGAAACUUGAGUUCCAAUGAUGUAGGGUGGCCACCUUUCAAUGGAACGCGGGGCACUCACCGGCUCGGCGAGCUUGAUCUGGCAUUCCUUACUUCUUACUCCAUUGGCAUGUAUUUGGCUGGCCAUGUUGGAGAUAGGAUUGAUUUGAGGUUGUUCCUUGUAUUUGGGAUGAUGGGUAGUGGCCUUUUUACCAUACUUUUUGGGUUAGGGUAUUGGUUAGAUGUUCAUGUGUUGGGGUUUUUUGUUGGUGCUCAGAUUAUUUGUGGAGUGUUUCAGUCAAUUGGGUGGCCUUGUGUGGUUGCAGUUGUGGGGAAUUGGCUUGGGGAAUCAAAGAGGGGCUUGAUAAUGGGGGUAUGGAAUUCGCAUACCUCGGUGGGGAACAUCAUUGGUUCAGUUGUGGCUUCAGGGGUUUUGGAGUUUGGAUGGGGUUGGUCAUUUGUGGUGCCUGGAGUCCUGAUCAUUUUGGUAGGGAUUUUGGUGUUUUUGUUUCUUGUUGUGAAUCCAGAGGAUAUGGGAUUUGUGCAUUCUGGAAUGGACAUCGAAAUGAGUGUUGAAAUUGAUAGUGCAGAGAAUAUUCAGAAAGUGGAAUCAGAGGAAGCAAAGCUUAUUGAAUCUGAUAAUUCUGAUUCUUCAUCUGCAAUUGGGUUUUUGGAGGCAUGGAAGAUACCAGGAGUGGCGCCGUUUGCUUUGUGCCUCUUUUUCUCAAAGCUUGUGGCUUACACUUUUCUUUACUGGUUGCCCUUCUACAUAAGGCACACAGCUGUUGCGGGUGUGCAUAUAUCUCACAAAACUGCUGGGUUACUUUCAACCAUAUUUGACAUUGGGGGAGUCCUAGGUGGAAUCACAGCAGGAUUCAUUUCUGACAUGAUUGAAGCACGUGCUAUUACUUCAAUUCUGUUUUUGUUUCUAUCAAUUCCAGCUCUUGCUUUGUAUCGCAUUUUUGGGAGCCUCUCCAUGUUGAUCAACAUCAUUUUAAUGUUUUUUUCGGGUUUUUUGGUGAAUGGCCCAUACUCAUUAAUCACAACUGCUGUGGCUGCUGAUCUUGGUACGCAAAGCUCAAAUGAUCGGAAUUCUAGAGCGCUGGCUACUGUUACUGCAAUCAUAGAUGGUACUGGUUCUGCUGGUGCUGCCCUUGGACCCCUUUUGGCAGGAUAUAUUUCCACUAGGGGAUGGAACAGUGUCUUUUUUAUGCUCAUUCUGUCUAUUUUCUUUGCUGGUUUAUUCUUGGUUCGUGUUGCAAGAAAUGAGAUAAGAGAGAAACUUUCAGGAAAGUGAUUUUAAAGUUUUAGGAACACACAUCAUUAUUUAGUUAGUCCCUUUAUUGAUGGUACCUUUUACACAGUAAUUAGCUAUUGAUGAAGAAAUUGUUGAAAGGCUUCAAUAGUGUUUGUAUCAUAUGCUCAUUCUUUAUUCACUUGAUUGUAAAAACAAAUGUAUACGAAUGUUUAUGGUGAGAUAUUUCAACAUAGUUUUUUUGGUAUUUUA